AUGGGGCAUGGCACAAAUGAUAAAAUGUUUAUCACGCCUACGGAGCACAGCGGUGUGUAUGGUCAACACGGUGCGAGUAAAGGUGCUUGCAGAGGAGAUAGCGCCGUGAUUGUGCCAUUUGAUAUGUGCGCAUUGACGCAUCAACCAUGGGAGACGCCGGUGUGCUUUGGCGAAGGCGUGAUUUUUGAGAAGCGCAACAUCGAGGCGUAUCUGCGCAAGUAUGGGACCAACCCUGUGACAGGUGCAUCUGCUUCGUUUGUGGACCUUGUUGCGCUGCGUUUCGCGCGCAACGAGCAGGGCAAGCUGCAUGACCCCGUUUCGCUUAAGGAAUUCACCGACCACAGUCACAUUGUCACGAUUCGCCCUACCGGAAAUGCGUUUUCCUACGACACGGUGCAACAGCUCAAUAUCAAACCGCGCGUACUGCGUGAUUUGGUUGAUGAUACGCCGUUCCAGCGUUCGGAUAUCAUCACGCUCCAGGAUCCCCACAACCCAACGCAGCGCAACACGCAAACAAUGUACCAUGUCCAGAAUAACCUGACCAUUGCUGCAAGGGAUACAGAUGAAGAGGUAAAUGCGUUAGCAACAGGGAGCACCAAAACCCUGCUCGAGACAAUUCGUGCAAAGCAGGUGCCGCAGUCGGCGCCGUCGCGCGCCGUACAGCCAGAAAUGGCUUCCAAGCUUGCGCGGAAACAAGGCACGAUUUCAAAUGGUAUGACAGCAGCAAGUUUUACAUCUUCAAGCUUGACGCCACGCACAAAAAUGGAGCAUGUUACAGUUGACGAGGAAGAAGUCAUGUUUGAGCACAUCGCGAGUACAAGCAAGCGAACGAAAGCGUAUGCAAAGAUCCUCACCAAUUUUGGGCCGCUGAACAUUGAACUGCAUGUGGACAAGGCGCCACGAACUUGUUACAAUUUUCUGAUGCUUGCGCGGGAAGGCAAGUAUAACGAUACCAUCUUUCAUCGCAACAUCUCUGGCUUCAUGAUCCAAGGCGGCGAUCCUACUGGCACAGGCCGCGGUGGCCAAUCGAUUUGGGGCAAGCCAUUCUUAGAUGAACUCAUCAACGCAGGUUCGUACCGCCAUACUGGCCGCGGGAUGCUCUCCAUGGCCAACUCAGGCUACAACACAAACGGAUCGCAAUUCUUUUUCACGUACCGCGCGACUCCUCACCUCGAUACCAAGCACACGGUCUUUGGGCGUCUCCUGAGUGAUGCGGACGGGAAAGAGCAAUUUCGCACGCUCGAUGCGCUCGAGCAUGUGCCGACAGAGGAUGGCACGGACCGGCCUCUGCGCCCCAUUCGCAUUACGUCUAUUGAUAUUAUGGACGACCCGUUCUGGAACUACAAGCAACAGCAAGACCAUCGUCUUCGGCGAGAGGAUCCCAACUCAAAAGAAAGUGUGAUGCGCGAUAACAAGCGACGCAAACGCGAAGAAGAUCGCACUACGUGGCUUGGUACGCGGCUUGAACCUAAGCGCACAGAAAGGGACGAGCCUGUCUCUUCCAUGCUUUUUGACACAGAUAUACAUGGCCUAAAAGGCCUUAAGCGCGGGCCGCCCGUCGCACAAAAGCCCACAAUACCCAAACGCUGUGGAGGCUUCGGCGAUUUCUCAAGUUGGUAG